AUGUCCUACUUAUUUCUUUUCUUUCGUGGACGACUUCAAAUAAUUCAUUGUCGACUUGAUGAAGGAAUUAAUACAUAUCAAUAUGCCAUGGAAUGUCAAACUGAUUGGAAAGAUCUUCAUCAUCUUGCCUAUUGGGAAAUACUAUGGUGCCGUGUACUUCAACGAGAUUGGAAACAAGCAUCUGUAAUGGCCCAAAAACUUUUAGAUGGAAAUAAUUGGAGUAAAGCAACGUAUUGUUAUAUGUUAGCGUCGUUUAUUUUCGAAGAUAAUAACGAACUGGCGACAGAUGAAGUUGUCAGUUUAUAUAAGCGAGUACCGGAAUUGAAAAUUCGUCUUGCGGGUAAAUCAAUACCAUUAGAAAAAUAUGCAAUCAAACAAUGUGAACAUUUUUUGGCACAACAAUGGUUAUUUUUACCCGGACUGGAAUUGCUCUAUCUUAUGAAUGGUUUCUAUAUUCUUGCUCAUGAUCCUACGAAAUUGAAUGCAACACUUAAUAUUGUCAAUAAUGCAAUUAAUGAUUUAGUUUUUUGUCAUCAAAACGAUCUAUACUACAUAGACAGUUAUGGUUCUGGUUUACUACUUCGCGGUGUUCUACUCCAUUUUCUUCAUCAAUACGAUGAAGCACACAAAGCAUUCGAUGAAAUAAUUCCAUUAGCAAAAAGAUUCGAUGGAAAAUCAUUUUUAGUACCGACUGCUAUCUUUGAAAAAGGAUUGAUAUAUGUUGGUCUAAAACAAAAACAAAAAGCAAUAGAAUGCCUACAAAAAUCAUUAAAUGAUUAUAAAGAUUAUCAACUCGAGUCUCGUCUUCAAUUUCGUAUCAAUGCUGCAAUGCAAACAGUGAAACAAAUGGAUAAUUAA